AAGCUGUAAACAAAAUAAGGGGUGGGCUCUUUAUUAGAGGAAGAUCCCCCCCCCUCCCCUCUCCAGCUAGUUUAGGGCUUGUUUAGUUCUGUCAUGAAUAAAUUUUCAGUGAUAUAUGGGAGAAGUUGGACCCAAGAAGGUUAUCAAUUGCAUCUUUUAUUUACAGUAGAGGUCACAAGAAGAAGAAGAGUAAUGGGCACAGAUCAGCUGUGGUGGAGAAACUAAAGGACAUUUAAACACCAUUUCACCUCACCCUGGAAACAUCAUUAUAAGCCGCUUUCCUGCAAAUAGAGCAGCUCUAUAUCAAAGUGUGAUAUACAACGAUUGUGAAAAUGCAGUAAAACAAGCCAACAAGAGUGGAAUACCAUGGAGGUCACCAAUCCUGCCAAAGAGUGCUGUGUGUGUGGCCGCCAGCUGAGUGGCAGCCGGUGGGUAAGGGGCAGCAAUCAGCUAAGGCACUCAGGCCGAGCCAUAGCAGAGGCACUGGGAGAGGUGCUGGCCUGUGAGGUACAGCUGUCAUGGGUGUGCUUCAGGUGCUACCGGCUGGUGCUGGGGCUGGACUACCACACACACCAGCAAGAGAAACAAAGGCUGGCACUGCUGAGGCUGUACAGCAGUAGGGAUAAAAUAGAGCAGCAGGCAUUAGGAAAGGGUACUUUGUAUGACAUUGGUGAUUGUGGAAGUGGUAGGACUGGUCCUGAUGAUGGAGGUUCUGCUAGGAAAGAAGUGCUGGAUAAUUUGGACAUUAGCCAGGAUGCAUCUCCAAAUAAGGGUCAUGCACAAAACCAAAAGUUUGACCAAAGUUUAAGGUCUCAUGCUACUUGUGAGGCAGAUAACAAAAUUUUGUCAUACUCACUUCAGUCUGUUUGUGAUCAUGAGUACCACAGGAAUGAUGGCCAAGACAGCCAAUUGGAUAAACCAGCAACUGUUCUGGAAGGCCACAACGUGUCCAGCAGUCAGACUUUGGUGAACCAGUGCUUCACUGAGAAAUUAGUGCCAGUUACCUUGAAUCCAAGUGUGAAAGACAGUAAUGCCAAAGAUAAACAGAGUGAGAGCACUGAUCCCAAAAAUGGUAGAUAUUUUAAAGACAGUUUUUAUCAAGAUCACAAAAAGCAGUGUGGCGAGGAAAAGGAAAUUGCCACAACUCCUGCUGCAGUUUCGUUGCCCCAAAGACCUGCAGCAAAAAGAAGAAAAACUGCAAAAAAGUGGGAUGACUUUGAGUAUUAUGAAGAUGAGAGCAAGACUGCAGAGCCUGAGUGUGACAAAAUAGAUACCUUCCCCUCAGCUCACCAGUUCCGACUUCCUUCAAGGACAGGAAGAAAAAAAUGUCAGAAAUGUAAACAAGAAUUUGCAUCAAAAAAAGCCAUUCUGAACCACAAAUGCCCUCAGAUGAAAAGAAUGGAACGUGAAAAAGUGAGGUACAAAUGCAAAGGGUGUUUGCAUGUCUUCCUCCUGAGGAGAGAAUAUAUCAAACAUGUCAAUGCCUGCUACAAGAAUACUCCAGUCACAUGCAACUUGUGCCUGGUGAAGCUGCCAAGUGCUGCAUACCUGCCUCGCCAUCUGGCAGCCCUGCACCAAGUCAAGUCUCAUCUCACCAAGGGCGACAUUCUGUGUGAGUUGUGUGGGCGAGGGUUCAGCCGCAAGGAGGCCCUGGAGCGACAUGAAGCACGGGUUCAUGGGAAGGCUCACGGUAGUCACCAGUGUCCCCUCUGUGGCCACACCUUCCCUCACACUUCCCUUCUGGCAGAGCAUCUCAGGGCACAUCAGGGCUACACCUGUCCAGAAUGCUCCAAGGUGUUCAGCUGCAGAUCCAACCUCACACUGCAUCGGCGAGCCCACCACAUGCGGAAGGCAGCUUAUCAUUGCACUGCCUGUAACAGGCACUGGAAAUUUCAUGCCAGUUAUAUCUACCACAUGAAGAAGUUCCAUAGGUCCAGUGAGCACAAGUGUCCUGGAUGUCGGCUGUUGUUGUACUCAGAGGAAGCACUGCACCAGCAUUCCAUGACAUGUGCUGGCCAGGAUACUGGCACUACCUCAAGGAUAGGAGAAGAGGAGGCAUUUAGUGGGAGGCGACAGGGUAUUGAUGAAGAAAGAAAGCAAACUUCAGACACCACAGAUGCCCUAUUGAUGACCAGAUGUCCUCCAGCCUCAGGCUCUCUUGGCACUCGUGCACAACUCACAAAGGAAUCGAGCAGCUUUGUUUUGGUGCCUGGGUUGAGGAAGACUGAGAUGUAUAAGUCUCAUAACAACUUCUCUCAGGGGCCUCCUGAGUGUGAGAUAGUUGUGGAGGUAGUGGAGGAGACUGAUACAGACUGCCAGUACAUCAUCUUGGUUGAGGAUGUUGCCAAUGCCCACCUUGCUGUUGAUGAGGCCUCCAUGUGGAAUACUCAGAACUUCACCCACACCUCCAGUGUAAAUUAAUAACUUGAAAAGGGUAAUAAUCAUAUAAAAAGACGAGUAAAUACAUAGUGUAUAAAAUGUAUUGGUCUAAAUAUAAUUUAUAUUUUCACUAAA